AUGUCUUCAAUUGAAAAUUAUACUUCUGCUCAAUAUGAACUUGAACAUGUUACUUCUGAUACCGAACUUAAAUUUCAAUCACUUGUCUCUAUCACAUCUAGUAUUAACGAUGAUGAUGAUCUAGCAACUCCCUCUAGAAAAAGACGUAGCAAGCUUUUUUCAGAAAGUCUAUUUGAGGAAAGAGAUCUUCCGCCAGAACAUCCCAAAAUACGUACACAUCGAGAAAUAGUUUGUCUUCUCUGUUCUGAAGAUAAAAGAAAAGCAUGGUUACGCAAAAAUGAUGAUUCUAGUACAACAAAUCUUUGGCGUCAUCUUGAACGUUACCAUCCAAAUAGUAAUCCAAGAUCAAGCAAAGAAUUAUCCACGUUUACGCAAUUAGCUUUUAGAAAGUUACUUAAUAAAUGGAUAGUCUUAGAUAAUCAGCCAUUUACAGCCGUUGAAAAUAAGCACUUUCGAAAAAUGAUAAAGCUGUUAAAUCCAAUUGCAACUAUUCCUACAGGGGAUACGAUUAGAAAUAAUAUUAUAAAAAGUUAUAAAGAUGAAAGUAUUGAUAUAAAAUUCUUACUUCAAAGAGAGAAUUUGUGUGAUGCAUUUGUUAGUAGUUGUCAUGAAUUUGGAAUUUUACCAAAAAUUUUUACAAUUACAAGUGAUAAUGCUACGAAUAAUGAUACUUUUAUGCAACAUCUAGAAAAUAUAUGUUAUAAUGAAAAUAUUGCUUUUAAUGCUGUUGAAUCUCAUUGUAGAUGCGUUGCACAUAUCAUAAAUCUAGUCGUUCAAGAUAUCCUUAAACAAUUCAAGGCUGGUGAAGCACAAACUGAAAAUGCUAUAUUGGAUAAUAUAAACACACCUAUAAUGGCUGGUGAUAUAAUUCCGAAACUUCGAAAACUUGUGGUUAAAAUUAGGUCAUCACCACAACGUCGUGAACGAUUUAUGCGUCAAGUUAAAGCUGCUGGUCUUGAAAAUUGUAAUCUUAUAUUGGACAUUAAGACUAGAUGGAAUUCUACGUAUGAAAUGCUUGUACGAGCACUAGAGAUGCAUGAAGCAAUAAAUGCAAUUACAUAUUUGGAUAAGGAUCUUCAAUCAUUACAACUUGAUAUUGAUGAAUGGGACAAAAUUAGAGAGGUUGUAAUCAUUUUAGAAAUAUUUGUACGAACAACUAAAAUGAUUGAAUCAGCAAAAUAUCCAAUGCUCGCUUCUAUUAUACCAAUAUAUAAUUAUUUAAUUGAUGAGCUCAUAAAACAUCGCAAUAAUCUUAAUCAUUCUUAUGAAAUAAUCACUGCAGUAAAUGCGGGAUUAAUAAAGUUAGAAUCAUAUUAUUCAAGAACAAACAAUACGGCUAUUUAUAUUAUCGCAACUGUUCUUGAUCCAAGGCUAAAAUUAGGUUAUUAUGAAGAAAAUGAUUGGAAUAGAGAUUUUAUCAAUGGCAUUAAAGCGACUAUUCUUCAAAUCUAUCAAAAUAAUUACGAAUCAUCUUCCUACGAAGCUACUAAAUAUGAUCAAGAUGAUAUG